AUGACAAACAAGGAGGGACAAAAGAAAAAUGUCAGUAGUUCUCUGUGGUCAGACAUAGCAAAAGAAACCAGCAACAACCCAACAAACAACAAACAAACUGGAAAAAAGACAGCUAUGAAAAUAAUCGGUAAAAAAGUUUCAAAUGAUUGCAAACUGAAGGCAGAUAAAAUCUUAAUGAAAAAAUCUGUGUUCUGUUUAAGCAACGUCAGCAAGUGCCACAGAAAUGAUGUGAUGGCCUACCUAACCGACAAUGGUAUCCAUGUUGUUUCCUGUUAUCCCGUACUCAAACAAUUCAAUAAAAUGGCACCAGCUUCUACAGCCGACGUCAAUAACAAUAAUAAUAGUCAAACUGAAAAUAAAAAAACAGAUGAAGAAGAAUCCAGUACGUUUAGAGUUUGCAUCGAUAGCUCUGAUUCUAAGAAAAUGAAAGACCCUGACAUAAUGCCCCAGCACAUUAUAGUACGCGAGUGGCAAUUCAAUAAGAAACCAGAAACAAUUGUCGAUCAAACAAAGAAAGAUGGAUAA